AGAGAGAGAGAGAGAGAGAGAGAGAGAGAGAGUCUCUCUCUCGUUGGAUAGCGGUGUUUGUGUAUAAAAGUAGCAAUAAAAGAUAAACCUUGAUAGUUGUAUAGGGAAAUCGAUCGUUCUUAUCGGGCUAUUCGCGCCCCUUUUUCAAAAUGAGAUUCGCUUACAGAGAAAUCUUUAGGGAUGUGUUCGAAAAGCGCGCUAUUAGCGCUAAUAUCAUCUUUGUACAAAAAUAAUGAACGACAAAGACAUUAAAUUAUACAUGUUGAUAGUUGGCGCUCUUCGAACGCAUUUUAGGUGAUUCUCUCUUUCUCUCUUUCUCUCUCUCUCUCUCUCUCUCUCUCUCUCUCUCUCUCUCUCUCUCUCUCGUUCAACGGUGAUACCUGCUAUUCUCGGUAGCUUUUGUAAGUAAUGUUCCACUUGAAGGAUCAAUUUGUGUAAUUUUACGCUCGUUACAGAACGAACGUACCAGUAUAGUGAGCCGGGUAUUGCGCUUUUCGCAAUCGUAUACUAAUUGAGGAUGAUUUCAAGUAAAAAGAGAAAAACAACUAGAGCGUAUGAAGAGUCGACCGGAAACUACCUUCGUUCCCAACGUUUAUUAUAUAUUCGAGCGACCAUCUCGGAGAUCGGAGUCGUCUCAUCUUCGAGAUGCAAGAUAGAAAUUCCGACGACGUAACAUAUUGCGCGAGAGUGUUAGUGAACGCUUGUAGCUCUUUAAGCAUUUGUAACAAAGAUUCGCGGAAUGCACCUUGCGACAAUCUCGCUGUGCAACAAAUAAUAAAAUAAUAAGUGGCCUACGGAUCGAAUGUGAGAAAAAUGUUGAGGAUUAUUCUUGCGUUUCUGCUAGGUGCUUUGCUCGACGUUAUUUUAUGUGAAACGCAAAUAUCGGAGAUCACAAACGCGAAUCAAGCCUCGUCUUGUAGGAAUCCGCCUCUGUGUGAUUUAUCGGACAUGUACAAGAUGGAGCCUAGAAGCGCAUCGUCGCUCCCGUUUCACUUGAAUUCACCCAAUUACAUUACGUCGCAACAAUCGAAUCAUCUUCAACGCAGUUAUUACAGCGGAUUCGGCACAUCCGCAUCGCCAGCUCAUUAUCACACUUUCGAUCCUAUCAGCGUGCUAGCGUCACUGGCAUUUUUGGCGUUCUUAUUGCAGUCAUUCGCUUCGCUCUACGAUCGCUCGAGGUCGAUGUUGCCGACAAUAGUCAGCGGCCGACGAGAGUCGUCGGACACGGACCUGACGAUUCCAGAGAUCUCCAGACACGUUUCGCGUGUCUUGCGGGACUACAUCGUUCGAGUUGCAACGUGCACCGCUUUUUCAGGAAAGUUUCAACAAUAAUUUGGAUGCGAGAUAUGUCAGACGUGAGUGACAGAUCAUUCGGCUUCCUGCCGUCGUUCGUGCACACGAUUCCAAUUCCCG